CGCGAACCAUCGAGAGUUAAUACGGACGACCGGCAUUGCCUUAAUCUGUCCCCGUAACGCUCUCUGAGAGGAAAAGAGCAACUGAUUUUUCUGCGAGAACCGUUCACCCGAACAGCAACACGAUGCCAGCCCUUGCGAAUCCUGCUCCCGAUGGGGAGGAAGUAGAGAUCAAGCCGAAGAUGCGCAAGAAGAUGGAGUACUUCAAGUAUUUGCAGUCUGCUUUCGAUGAGUACGACCAGGCCUUUUUGGUCAAUGCUGAUAAUGUUGGCUCGAAGCAAAUGCAGGAGAUUCGUAUGAAGAACAGGGGCAAAUGCCUUUUUUUGUUUGGGAAAAACACUCAGAUGAGGAAGGCCAUCCUUGAGAAGGCCGAGGAAAACCCUGACCUCAAGCAGCUCACCGAAUAUUUGAAGGGAAAUGUUGGGUUUGUUUUCACGAAGCAAAACCUCAAAGGUAUCCGUGACGGCAUUCUUGAGAACAAGGUUCCGGCCCCUGCCCGUGCUGGUGCUGUUGCUCAGGUUGGUGUCACGAUUCCUGCAGGUCUGACUGGAAUGGAACCGACACAGACAAGUUUCUUCCAGGCUUUGAACAUUCCCACGAAGAUUAACCGCGGGCAGAUUGAAAUCAUGUCCAACGUCGAGCUCUUCAAAGAGGGAGACAAAGUUUCCUCCUCCGAGGUUGCGCUUUUGACUAAAAUGAAAAUCAAGCCAUUUUCCUACGGUCUUGUAUUCAAGCAAGUGUAUGACAAGGGUACUAUCUAUUCUCCGGAUGUCCUUGAUAUCACCGACGAGCGUCUCUCUCAGUCUAUCUCUGCUGGCCUCGCCAACAUCGCGGCGAUCUCCAUGAAGAUUGGCCAUCCGACAGCCGCCUCUGUGCCACACUCCAUCAUGAAUGGUCUGCAAAACAUGGUUGCUAUCUCUCUCGCGACGGAUUAUGUUUGCAAGCCGGCCGAGAAAAUCAAGGCAAUCCUUGACGACCCCGAAGCUCUGGCUGCCAUGGCUGCCGCGGCAGCUGCUCCAGCAGCUGGUGGUGCUGCUGCAGCCGAAACAGCUCCGGAGGAAGAAGAGGAAGAGGAGGAAGAGGAAGAGAUGGACUUCGAUCUUUUCGACUGA